CUUCCGGCCGCAUUUCCAGCGCCUCGACGGUCGCUUCAGAAGAGCGAUUCAAUCUGUUGAACGUACUGUCUGCAGGCGGAGGAGGAAGGAGCGGUCGUUUUACCGGCGGACAUCGACAAAACCCAGGCUGGCAGGAACUACCCAGUGUGCAUCAGCCAGCUACUGACAAUCAUGGCAACCAUUGUGAUGGAGAGCAUCGGCCGAGUGUUCAUCAGCCUGCAACAGAUCCGGCAGGUUCCCCAGUUGCUGACUGACGCUGCACCCUCCAUGCCCGGCACCGUCAGAGACACUGAGGUUCCCUCCUACUUCCGGGAACGCUACGUCUGCACCGGCUAUCGUCCGCUCAACCAAAACUGGCGCUACUACUUCCUGUCCUUGUUUCAGCGCCACAAUGAAACCCUAAACAUUUGGACUCACCUGGUGGCAUUUUUAGUGUUGCUGAUUAAAUUGUGCCAGCUUACUGAGACUGUGGACUUUAUCAGUGACCGUCAUUCGUGGCCCCUGCUCAUCCUCGUCCUGUCCUCUUUGACCUACUCUGCAUUCAGUGUUGUAGCUCACUUACUGGGAGGAAAGUCCAACCUUGCUCAUUAUUGCUUCUACUUUCUGGACUACGUAGGGGUAGCGCAGUAUCAGUACGGCAGCGCUGUAGUCCACUUUUACUAUGCUGUUGAUGAAAGCGUCCAUGGACUGGUGAGUGGUAUCUUCAUGCCCACUGCCACAAUCCUCAGCUGCCUUUCAUGUUUGGGAUGCUGCUACGGCAAAUACUGCAACCACAGCCUACCAACGUGGGUGCGUAAGGUGUGCCAGGUGGUGCCUUCAGCACUCGCCUAUUCCUGGGACAUCAGUCCAGUGGCCAAGAGACUGUUCUUCUGGUCCAGCAGUGAUCCAGCCAUCAUCUACCACUUUGGCCAGGUGGCGUUCUUCCUCAGCUGUGCCUUCUUCUUCACCUGCCCUCUGCUGGAACGCUGUUUCCCCGGGCGGUGCGAUUUUGUGGGACAGAGUCAUCAAAUCUUCCACGUUUUCUUAUCUUGCUGCACCCUGUGUCAGAUCCAUGCCUCCUACCUGGACUUUGUGGGCCGCAGGAAGUUGUACUCAAGUCUGCACGGAAGUGGUGAUGCUGUUCUGUUUGUGGGGCUGUAUGUGGUCACUUUGAUUAUGUGUGUUGGAAUCGCUGCUUUAAUGCUAAGGAAAGUGAAACAAGUGCUGGACUUCAAAUCAAAGUCCAAAUAAUCAUACAAGCCUUCCUUUAGUGUCACUCCUUUGAUAGAAAGGGAACUGAUUAUUUUUGCAGCAUCAUAAAUAAAUAAGUAGCAAAUUGCAAGAGGGAUAAACAGUGAUAUUAGAAUUUUUAUAUUCUUAUGGAUUAUUUCUGAAUAACACAGAGUUUUUAUGUAUUAACAAAGCCUGGUGCUUUAUUUAAAAGAGUACAAUUCUGUAAGUUUAGCAAGAUCAUUAAAAGUAAAAAAUUAUUGCCUACAUGUUAUUCUGUCAAUUUACAGUAGUGUUAUAUAAACAGAUGAUAUGUACUUUGUUAAAUUGUCACGUUGUAGUUGUAAGGAUAUGUUUGUAGUAAUGUCUGGAGAGGAUCUUAAAAUGUGCAAGUAAUUAUUUUGGAUAUGUCCAAAGUCCCUGACUUUUCAGUUUUCAGUCAAAUGGCAAUAUUUUAUUCAGUGGAUGUUAUUAUAGGCCCUUGAAAGAUUGGUGACCUAUUCAGAGUGUACCGUGCCUUUUGGCCCAUGACAGCUGGGAUAUGUGAGGUCUGCCCCCCUGAUCCUGAAUUGGAUAAACAAAAGAAACUGGAUAUAUGGAUAGAGGGAUGGAUUUACGUUGGUUUUUAACAAUGUAACUAUAGGUAUUCUUUAAAGGUGAUUACUGAUCACAGCUAAAAUCAGUAUUUCUUUAGGAUAAAAAGUCUGCUACACAAUUCAUGUUCAAACACUACAGCAAAACCAAGUCAUAUUAUAAUAUAGUGUUGCCAGAGAGCUGCAGUAUUUCAGACCUUCACUUUGUGCCUUGGUAGGCAUUUUCUUCAGUUGCCUUGAAGGCUGAGUGUUAAUAUAAUGUGCAGAGUCUUCGAAGGAGAGCGUUGGGUUUCUGCAUGUAGGCUUUAAAGCUUUGAGGACACACUGGAAUGUUGACGUCGACUGCCAGUCUAAGAUUUAAACCUCAUUUUUUGUUGUUGUGCCACCACAAGUUUCAGCAUCAUAGCACUUUGGAAUAUGUAUUUAAUGUAUUUAAGAGAGCUAGAUUUUUUUUGUAUGAGGCAUUUAAUAUAUAAUGAAAAUCAUUUUCAGGUUGUUUUUUUUUUUUUUUUCAUUUUGUUUUUAUACCCUUGUAUUCUUCAAGUGUUUACCUUUACUGUAAUCACUACUGGCAGUGAUUGAUUGUGCCUUUUAAAUGUUAAAGAAAUGAUUAUGAAUGUCACAUAAGUGCAAAGCAAGGGAGGUUUUUGCUGGUGUUUGUGGGAGAUGAUAAUGCUACUGACCAAGAGGUAAACCAGUGGGAUUAGUCAAAUAAGCAUCUCUGGAGGCAGAAAUAGUCUUGUUUUGUUCUGUAUGUAACAAUGUGAAAUGUCUUUCAUGUAUUAAACCUUUUCUCUAUUCA